AUGCGCUCUAGCAUUGCCUGCUCUCGUUGCAGGCGAAGCAAGAUCAAAUGUGUCAAUGCGGGCAUCGAUACUACCUGUCGAGCGUGUGAAUCCUCCGGAAGAGAAUGUGCCUAUCCGGCUCCUGCUUCAGGUGGAGGUGGAGGUUCCACAAAGCGCGACAUUGCGGCCACCGGGGACAGCGAUGACCGGAAUGGCGAGUGGGACAGCCCCAAACGUCAGCGUUCAAGGAAAAGCAUGAAUAUUGUGUCAUCGGCAGUAAAGGAUGUGACCAAACCAAAUGGCAAAAUCCUUGACUCGUCCAUCUUGACUGUGAAGGUUUGGGAGAAUCUCUUCGAGCUCUUUCAGCUGCAUUUUUCCACAAUCUUGCCGUUUUUGCACCCGACCACUUUUCUCGCCCAGAUACGCCAGCUUUCCGCAAACACAGCACAGCAGGAUGGCCAGACUACUGGGGAGCAUUCUCAGAGCCCAGUCCCGGUUGCGGAGGCCUCUCCGCUGAUCCUACUGGGAGUGCUGUCCCUGACCGCUCGAUUCCACCCACAAUUGACUCAGUAUCACUCUCCGCCAUCACCUGUUGCGCCAUGCAAUCCUCUCAUAGCAUCAGAUUAUUAUGCGAACGCACUGCGAUCCAGACUCUCAGGGGUCGAUGGAGCAGACAUUGCUUGCCCCGAUAUCAACCGGCUGCAGGCCCUUUUAAUGUUGAGUCUACACGAAUGGGGAACGUGUAGGGGCAAAAAUUCCUGGAUCUACCUUGGGAUGGCUAUCCGACUGGCCCAGGUCAUGGGGUUGUCAUUCGAGCUAGAAAACGACUCGUCAUCCCAUAGCACCUCUUCGUCGAGAGUAGUUAAUUCGGAGGUGGAACAAUGGGACCCAAAGGGCCAGAAUUCAGACGACGUGAUCGAACAAGAGACUAGACGACGGACUUUUUGGAGCUGUUUUAUGCUAGAUCGAUACCUGAGCAGCGGCAAAUAUCGUCCUCGAAUGAUCAAGGUUCGCGAUCUAGAGAUCCAGCUUCCUAGUGACAAUGCGUUUGCUUUUGGAGAGCGGGUCAAAACUUCACGAUUAUAUGAUGGCCCAAAGCGACGGUCACAAGGUCAUGAAACCCGAUCUAUUCAGAUCCCCAGCUUGCGGCAUCCUAUAGGAGGAUAUGGAGAGGACGCAAAACUGCGACCAGGAGGGCUAUCAGACCUGAAACAGUGGUCUUCGACCCCUCAUCACCGAAACGAACCUACCGAGAAUGGUAUCGAUCGAUGGGAGGUUGGGGCGGAGGAGUGCGUUUUGAGUCGGUUGAUUCGCAUGGUCAGAAUAUGGGGAACCAUUGCGAAAUGGUCAUGUUCAGGCGGAAGAAGAUCUGAUCGACUCCCUCCAUGGCAUCCCGACUCUCGUUUCGCUGCCCUUCGGGAACUUCUUGUCGAGUUCCAAGAAGGACUCUCCCGCAACCUUCAAUACACCCAACGCAACACCGACACUCAUAUUAUGUACAAGAAUAGUUUGGCGCCGUACUCGCUCAUCCACAUUAUUUACUUCUUAUCCGUGAUCGUAUUACACAGAGCAUACCUUCCAUUCUUGCCUUUGCGGUGUCCUGAUCCCCAGGGACCCAUCGACGAGCCUAGUUUCCCACCCGGGAAAUACCUUGUGCCCGAAGGGUUCUGGCGCGAGAGUGCACGGGGGCUGUUCAAGGCCGCACGUCAAAUGGCGGAACUUGUUCGGACGUGUCAGGAUCGCGGUGUCCUGAUAGAAACUCCAGUGGUUGGGUUCGCUAUUUACAACGCUGCCCUUGUCGGUGUUUACGCGGCGCACUUUAAUCAAAUGGACCAGGAAGGUUACGUGUGCUCGAAACCAGGUUUGACAGAUGUUCAGGGUUUAAGCAGUCAGGGACAAGUUGACGUACGAAAAGCCAUCGAAAUUUUGGGCGAUAUGAGACCAAGGCUGAAAAUGGCCACUGGUUGGUUCCGGACCAUUCAUCGUCUGCACGGCUAUUAUUCGAAGGCUAUACGGGAUUUCAAACGAGGUUCUCGAAAGCAAGAAAUGCUACCUACAGGUUGUGGUGCCGAAACCGACUCUCGAGCCAGUAACGGGAGGACGUACGGCGUACAGGAAGGGAGGAGAUAUGCGGGACCGUUUGACGAAGUCAAACUUUUGGAUCAGGUCUUUGUGGAUUUGGGUAACGCAGAAGAUCAGGUGGCAGAUAUCAACGGGCCCGACGAGGAUGGCACGACAGCGUCUGCGAAUGCGGUGGAACGAGGUCCAACCAGUGAUGUCGGCAGUAAUGCUGUCAAGAGCGAAUCGGGAGAUGGGAUGGAAUCCCAGGGCGAUGGCGGUGCCGGUGCUCGCAAGGAAUCGUGGGUAUCUGUCAAUAGCAUUAACAGUCCUGGUCAUGGACUACAUACAUCCCCAUCCCCCGGAUCAGGAUCAGAACACGAUAAUUCCAUCCCCCGUUCCACACCCGCCGAGAACGAACGUUGGGCCGCCGGUCUACCUCCUCCCCCGUCUUCCUACCCUCUCCACUCUCUACAACCACCACACUCCCUCCCCCCAACCACCACCACAGCACACAACCCUCCCCCAUCCCUAACCUCCCCGGGAUCCUACACCCCCUCCACACAAAGUGCAACAGCCCCGUUGACAAACUCGCAACACCUCUCCACCCCUUCAAACCGUCUCCAGCCCCUCCAGCCAUGGAUCACAUCCCGCCAGCCACCCCCACCCCCAUAUUCACAGUCCCUCCCUUCCAUCAACGCAGCCGCUCAACACGGCUUCUCCAUGCCACCUCUACCAGGCGCCCCGCCGCCUCUGCACCUAACGCCUCCACUGCGCCUGGACGCUUCUCCACGCCCAUUUUCCGCUACCAAUUGUGGGAGCAGCAGCCCCAGUCCCGGCUGGAUGAGCAGCCUUGGCGGCGACGAUGUCCUAGUUUUCAUCGAGGGGGGCAAUCAGGAGCAAUGGCCUUCGCCAAUAACAAGUUCACAUAUCCUUACAAAUGGGUGGUUGAGUACUGUCUGGUCGGAGCUUGGACAGUAA